AUGAAUUAUAGUAUAGAAGCAUUUUGGAGAUUUUCAUUUUAUCUAUCUACAUGGUUUAUAAUACCAAUUGAUUUUGCAUUACAAUCUAUACGAUCAAUAAUUGAUCAAUCAUUUUCACGACUAUUACAAAACAAUACAAAUUCAUCUCUGAACUACUCCAGAGAAAGUGAAUUAAGGCUCAACAGUAUCAGCAGCAGUAAUAGUAGUGGUAGUGGCAGUGGGAAUACGGAUGUUGGCCCUGUAUUCUCUCCACAUACUGGUCAUACGUUAUAUGAAUCGAAUCAUUCAGAUGAUAGAAAUCCCCUCCUUCCUCUUUCUUCGUCUUCUACUUUUGGUGAUAUCAAUCAAAAUACAAGAUGGCGUCAUUUGAAUUGCCCUAUUCAAUUGUCAACAUUAUCAUUGUCUUACACCUUUCCUUACCAUCAUAAUUACUUUUCACAUCUUCAUCGUCAACAAUCUGGAACAUCUCAUAUACUACAUUAUACUGGUGAAAGACGUCCGAGUUCCUCAGAAGCACGAACAAUUGAUGCUGGUCAUUCCACUAACCAUAUGCCAACAGAAAGUAGCAGUACAUUAGAUUCGGAUAGUAAUUAAUCUCUAACUCAUUUAUGAUACUCUUUCACAAUUUUAUUUUAAACGUAAACUUAUGUCCCUAACAAAUGAUCUUUUUGGAGAAAAAACAACGUAAUUAUCAAUUAAAAAUAGAUUGUGAC